AUGCUUGUUCAGGUCAGGGUCAGGCCAGUUGCAAGCAAGUCUCAAGAUGCACGUCUACCCAAUCCCAGGCAGAGCGACCAAUCGUUUCCACGCGAAGAGCUCGAGAUGGACGAUAAGGCGUCGCCUUACUUUUUGGAUCCCACACACGCCUAUGCAGCAUUUAUUUUAUGCUGGGGAUCCAUCCCAUCCCUUAUUAGACCCCGCGACCAACCUAUCUUCACUGGAACCAUUCAUCGGUCCUUGGGAACCAGAACAAACCACAGAACGUUCUGA